AUGUCACCCGGUGUCAACGGCAACGGCGGAGGCCCCCGCAACACGGGAACUCUGCCGAAGAGCAAUCGAAGAAACGACAGAAACCGGGAGCGGUCUGCCGUUAAUCAACAGCUUGCAAAUCGCUCGGGUUAUCAGGGCCAUCCGCAUCAUUUUAACAAUUUGUUUCAACUGGAUUGGCAAGUAGCGAGUGAGUGCGAACGUGAAUCAAGAAUACCAAGAGAAGCAAAGAAUAGCAAUACGCGAUCAGCUUCCUUUCAACUUCCUUCUUCAUAUUUCACUACGUACCAAGACUUACCUGACUUUGCAUUGCACAAUUCGACAAGACAGUGUAAUUAUAGUACAGAAGAUUGUACAUCUUGGCUAAAAAUGGUACCAUUUACUGAGCCUCAGAGAAGUCAAUCACCGUCACGAUUACAGGGAACAAAGCCUUCGAAUGUGAAUAAAAUGCCUGAUAAGAGCCAGGUGGAAGGUCGUUUAAAUCAAAUCAGAGAUUAUAUUAGAGUCACUGCCACGAUGAUAGAUUCUCUUAGUCAAUCUUCUGAUCCUCGCGCACAAGCUCAAAGUGAGAAAUUAAGUAGAAUGGUGGAGGAUCUUCACGACAGUGAAACGAAGCUUUCCAAAUUAUUGGAGCAGUAUCCUAAUCAUGGGGUUUCUGACGAGAAUGGUGAAAGUGGAAGGGAGGAUGUAGAUGAACGUGGCGAUGCCGGUAGAGAGAUGCAACUACGAAGGAAUAUGGAAGAAUAUCAGAACAAACUCGCACAGUUGCAAGAGCAGCAAGCCAACUUGACGGACUUACAGUUGUGCGUUAGAGAAAGAUUGAACAAGGCGCGUCAAGCACAGCAAAUGCUUCUGCAACAAGAUAAUCAGAAUACACCGAACUCCGCUACGUGGGAAGAUAAUCGCGCGUCUCUGCCGAGUCCUGCUAACGUCGAGCACAUCGAGUCAGAAACGGCGGCACUGAGAGGCAAGCUGAUGCAAUUACAAGCGAAGAAGAAACAAAUGGAUCAUCUCGUAGCGGAAUUACAAGCCAUAGAAGCGGCCGACAGAGGCAGUUGUAGUUCAGAAGGUUCGAGAACAAUUAAAGAUAAAGCUGCAGAAUUGGAAGCAAUGAGAACACAACUUGCACAUAUAAAGGCUUUAAUGGAAGAUGGUGUGAAAAUUCGCGAUUCUAUCGACUCUUCUUCUGAACCUGAACCAGACGUUGACGGGCACGAAGAAAACACAAUGGAUGGGAUUACCGAGGAUGCGACGAACGCCUCGUUUGAUUGUCGAAGUAACGAUGCUAAUCACGGAAAACUUAAAACUUUGGAAUGUAAUAUUUCAGAUAUACGAACCCUAACAUCGGAGCUUAAGGAACAAGCGGCCUUGCUUCAAAUUACACGAACCGAAUUACAACGUUUGAAGCAACCAUUAUUCACAACUGCUCAUCCUACUUCUUCAUCUUCAGUCUCUCGCCCACCUCCAGCACUUAUACCUAUAAAUGGCAAUGAAAAAAAACAAAGUUGUAAUACUAGUACAGAGACUCAAUCUAAGCAAGCAAAAAAAUCUCAACUUGAUGAUCUUAUGAGAAAGGAACCAACUCAACCCUCCAAUCGGGAUGCUCAAGCGUUAGAUCAAAAUAGCCAAAGAAGCUCUGGUUCGCAAGGUAGUCAUACUAGUACGCCUGCAAAUGUCUGGCCAUCUUCCGCCACUACAGGUGCUGGUGGUUCUAACGAGCAAAGUGUAGACGGUAUAUCUACAUCAGAAAAUUUAUUAGAUAUUGGUCCACCUGCUGCUAUUGAGAAUGGUGGGUUUGUUGGAAAUUUCUGGACAUAUCCGCUACCACCUCCGCCUAUUAAUCAGGGACAAAAUGCCACGGUUGAAUACUAUCGACAAUUAUUAUUGGGUUCGCAAGCUCAUCAGUUGCAAAUGAUGGGUACAACAAUGCAGCAAUGUUGUCAGCUAUUGUGGGCGCAGCAACGCGAUUUACAAUCUAUGCGUUCUGCUAUUGCCGAGUUGCAAAUACAAGUGCGACCGCAAAAUCAGGCUCGCGUUAACAAUGCUGAAAAUCAGGAAGAAUAUUCUAAUUUGAGCCGCAAUGUUCACAAUCUCGGCGACACGUUGGAUGCGACUUUACCUCCUAGUUCGUCCUUACCAAACCUCGUAUCGCUGCCUAACUCCUCAGCGGCAUUAUCGCAUACUCCAAUAGUUACUAGCUCUAAUUUGCAGCAGCAACAACAGCAACAAUUGAACAACCAAGUUCCUCCUGGUAAUAGAGCAAACAACUACUGGGAUAAUUUUCGAAGUUACUCCCGACAAAAUUUGCUCUCAGGAAAUGUGAAGACAAUGACUGAUCCUCCAACGGCUAUAGCAAACUCAGCGUGUUCCGCAAACACGACGAAUACAAGUGGAAGUAGCGUCAACAGUUCACUAAUGAAAGACAAGCGGAAUCGAGAACAAGGACCUGAUAACUUACCUUUACCAUUAACUGGCGCAGAAACGCAAUAUUCAUUGAACCUACAAUUACCAUCAAAUUUACAACAACAGGAUAGAGAAAAUGCUGCUAUUCGUAGUAAUAUCAUAGCAAACGAGGUAUCUCAACAAGUUGAUAAUAUUUGGGAGGAAGCUCACGGUUCUUUUCGAUUACCAUCUGCAACGAAUGAUGAUAAUCUAUUUAAUAAUCUAAGUUCAGAAAUGAAAGAGGCAAUUAGUUCGCUCAUCGCAGUAAAUAAAAGACGACCCGAUUAUUUAAUAAUUAUUUUGAGAGAAAUUAAAGCCAUCAGCGAGGAUCACAGAUUGCGAUCUCAAUUGUUGAGAUCGUUACGCGCUUUGCAAGACAAACAAACAUUGAAUAAUCCAUUGAACGAAGCACCUGACUUAACUCCAAGCGAGAGUUGCCAUUCCAGUGAUGACGACUCGGACGUUGGUGUGACUUUUACUAUGGAAAAUCAUACAUCUAUGAUUGAAUUAGUCACGACGUCUCAUGUGGAUACUGCCUCCUCUCCAGCUUCAUCCCAAGUACCAUUAAUAGAACAUUUGGAAAUUACGGGAACAUUCCCACUUGAUUGUGCGAGUGCUGUCCCUUCCACUUCUAAUGCUAAACCUGGUUAUAACGAGGACUUAGCGGAAGCCGAUCAAUCAAGACCUGAAUCUUCAGGAAAUCAAAAACUUCCUAUCAACGAUAUGGAUAAUGAAGUGGGUCAAGAAGAAGCAGCAUCUUAUCCAAUUACUGUAGAGGCGACUAUGCCCGAUCUUGAAAGUCUAGCUGCUAAAACUGAAGACGAAAGAGCGGAGGAUACCGAACUUGAAACAUUUUUUUAUUAGAUUACAUAUAUUAAUUAUGAUGUGAUUAUUUAUAGCUAUUUUAAACGAAAUAUUUAAAAAAAGUAGAGAUGUAUCCUAACAACUUUGAUAAGAUGUUGGCUUAUUACUGCUUUCGAUUAUAAAAAUAUCAAUUAAUAAAUAAAGCCUGAGAUAGCAACCCA